AUGAACAACAUGCCUCUCUACUCAGCAAACACUCUCCCUACCUCCGUCCCCUACCAAGCUGGAGCAUAUGCAUACGACGUUCCCACAUCGGUACCAGUAAACCCAUACAACAUGCAGCAAGCUUCCUACUACGCAUCGAACAUGCCACAUCCCGUGUCAUACCCUCAAUCACAUGAUAUUCAGGCGCUUCCCACUCUGCCAGAUGUCCGACAUGUGUUCAACCCAAACGUCAAGUCCGAGGGUACAUCACCGGCGCAGUCAAACCACAUGUAUGCGGAUCCGUCCUAUGGAACCGAAUUGAAGCGAUCUACUUCAGAGCCUACAGAAGGUAGCGGUGCCAACUUCGCUACUGAUGUGGACACUCUUAUGAGGGCCAUCCAGGCGAAGCAGACAAACCCGCCUCCAGAGAAUGAGCAGAAGGACGACGCAUCAAAGAAUGCCCAGAAGCCUAGGAAGCGUUAUCAGUGCACUGUGCCCAACUGCAACAAGAGCUUCUACCAGAAGACACACCUUGAGAUCCACAUACGCGCCCAUACUGGUGACAAGCCAUUUCCUUGCAAAGCACCUGGAUGUGGCCAGUCCUUCUCGCAGCUCGGUAACCUCAAGACACAUGAAAGGCGUCACACCGGAGAGCGACCAUACAGCUGCGACAUCUGUGGCAAGACAUUCGCCCAACGUGGCAACGUUCGCGCACACAAGAUUGUUCACCAACAGAUCAAGCCCUUCAGCUGCAAGCUAGACGACUGUGGCAAGCAGUUCACUCAACUAGGCAACCUCAAAUCCCACCAGAACAAGUUCCAUGCCGCUACUCUCAGGUACCUUACCACAAAGUUUGCCACUAUCAACCCAGGCGACUAUGUCUCCCAAGAGGACAAGGAACUCUGGGAGUACUUCGCAUCGCUAUACAAGAACUCCAACAAGGGUAUCAAAGGUCGAGGCAAAGACAGGCGCAUCUCCGCCAUGUCAUCAUCCGCUUCUUCAUACCCUUCUUCAUACCCUUCUUCCUACGCCUCUAUGUCAAUGGCUCCCAUGGCCCGAGGCUACUCCACCUCUUUCCACCAGCAAAGCAGCGACCGGGAGAGCCGCUGCUCAUCGAUGUCUUCCGACACCAUCACAAUACAACGAACAGACAGCGCAUACGACUUCAAUGCACCAAUGCACAACGGGUACCACCACCCUCAAGGCAAUGGCUACGACGAUAUGGUCUUUCCUGAACGGAAGAUGUACUGA